AUGACUACACAAAUAAAGACGACAUCAAAAUUGGAGAGACAUCUGCUAGAUGGCAUGUUUGAAAAGUCCAUGUUCUCUGAUCUGUCACUCGUUUUUCUGCAUCCAUCAUGUCCCUUUUCUAUGCGAUUCAACGUACACAAAUCUAUCAUGAGCCAGUCGCCCUUUCUGUGCAAGCUUCUGGAAAGCAUUGAAGAGAGCAAGUUAUCACACACAAACGAACAAGAACACGGCAUGGAUUGGCAAUCCAACAUCAGACACACAACAGAUAAACAAGGAGUGACACUGCUGACGAUUGAUCUCGCAAGUGCUUUAACACAAUGUGGAUUUGUCCUUGCGCCAUUCCAACACAUUGUACGACGCAAAUGGCAAAAGACUAGCAGCACCUCCACCUCAUCCGCAUCAUCAUCAUCAUCAUCAUCAUCAUCUACUAGUGCUAGUACUCAAACGAAAAGAAGCUCACAGAGCGGCAGCCUUAAUCCUUUGCUAGCAUCGCAUAUCCGAUUUGUUCUGAAAUGGCUGUAUUGUAUCAACAAGCAAGAACUGUUGCGUGGUAUGCAAGACAAGGACACACUGCUCAUCUUGUCGGUGGCAGUUCUGUUAGAUGUGCAUGAUUUGACUCAGGCCUGUGUCAAUAGAUACACUAGUGAGCAGCUCUCUCUUGACAGCAUCAUGAGAGACUUGGAGACCAUCUGUCAGCUACCACGAGGACACAGCUCCUAUUUGCAAUUGAGAGACGCUGCCUUGUUGCUUUUGCUUCGAUUUGGACCCAGUAACGCAGAGCGUUUAGCCAUGCUGCCUGUGGAUUACAUGGCUGAUGUGCUCAGUGCAGAUCCACUGUUUGUCAAUUCUGAAUACGAACGCUACUGCCUGCUGAGAUCUGUGUUGAUGGCAUUCAUGCAAUCUGUAGGACGCAUCACUUGGACACCCAAAGGACCCGUGGAUCAAGACUCAAAGCGACUCUCUGGCUUUGUGCGACCCCUCAACAGCAAUAGCAACAAGGCAUUCUUGUCAGCAGAUACAGUGCGCUCUCGCAAACGAAAGCGCAUCCCAUCUGAAGAUUUAGAGGACCCCAGUGACUUGCAGCACUACCAGCAAUCGAACCGACCUCAUCUUAACCGACUCAGUUUUACAGCACUGGUGCCUUUUGAAAAGCUGGCGGCAGAUGCGUCGUCUGGUGGUGUCAUUGACAAGGCAACUGUGCUCUCUUACUUGCUUCGCACUACAGUCAGUUACAGCAACAUGACAUUCGACCAAUUGACCACUGUACGUCAAGACGGCAUUGUAGACGAAGGCAUUGUAUUCCGUGCUUUGUGGCAACGAGAGGCAUUGGAGCGAGUCUUGUUUCCGCUGACAUUUACACAGACACAGCAAACACAGGAAAGCCGCCGCCAUCCCAUUCCCAAAACCUUGGAGGAGGAUCGCAGUGCAGCUUUGAACGAGUACUUUGACGUGGAUCAAUCCGACGCACAAGAGAAACGUAGGCGUUUAUUGCUGGGUGUACCACGUUUUCGAUUCAAAGCAUCCGUCUACAUCUCACCACCAUCUGAAGAAAACGGCUGGAUCUGCGAGCAAAAGGAAAUUACACUCUCCUCUCAAGAUUUACAUGCCUUUGACAACGAUGAAAGUGAUGGAGGAUCUGUGUGGUCAGUGUCAGACAACGAACAGCUAGGAGACGACGAACCAUCAGCCACUGGCAGUCAGAUUAUCAACGCAGGCAUUGAAGAAUUGGAGAUUGGAAAAGAAGCUGGCCCUAGACCCCUCAAGCGACAUGCAACAUCCAAAAAGGUGCCAUAUACAUUGUAUAAGAAGAUUGUCUACAGUGAAGCAGAGACCAUUCUCGGCGUGUCUUAUCGACUGCAAAUUGAAGCACAAGUGAUGCCUCGCCAUCGCCUGGUAAUCAAGGAUGAUGAUAUGAAUCAAGAGGAGACUGAAGAAGAGUUUUAUGCAGAUAAUGAUCCUAAUGACAAUGUAUUGGUGUGUCGAUUCGAGUUGCAACGUGAUUUGAAGCAGAUUGCUCUCCCAGCAAUUCAGAUCAAAAAGGAAAAGGGAAUCAAGCCAUUGAAGUCGAGCAGCAAUCAGCGUGUAGAUAUCAGUCCUUCCAGCUCUACAUCUACAUCUAGCACAGUCCAACCAUCACAAAUCAGCAAUAUAGCAAAGACAAAUGAUGUGCGGGAAAAGACCAAAAUUCAUUACUGGAUCCAUUGCUUGAAUCGCCACGAGGGUAUUAUGGAAAGUGAUCGGAUCGACCCAGAAGAUCGUGUGCUGGUGGCUGUAACGGAGCAAUGCGAACGAGAGCACGGCGAACCUGGAGAGAUGGAGCCAGGCUAUGUGGGCCAAGUAUUGGUUGAAGCCGAUCUCAAAAAAGGUGUCACUGUGGAUGCCACGGUGGCACUCGAAAUCUUUGGAUUUCAAAGAGUUUGA